UUGCUUAUAUUAAUAGAUUAUACCAAUUUCAUUACUUUCUAAAACUUUUUUUAUUAAAUGUUUCCAUCAUUGGGUCUUUUAUCGAAAAUUGAUUUUAACCGCGGUACCCUGUGUCUCUACAGACACCGCCCAAGCUGCACAUCGGGGCCUCCCAAUAUGGAAACUUCCAAAUUUACCAUGGACGACGAUCAUGCAAUGGAUAUUAGCGAGGAGAUCAGGCUGGAGGACGAGUUAUUUACGCCAUCGCCACCACCACCACCCCAGCAGAAAGAACAGCAUCAGCAAAGUAAAAACUCUGUACAAGCUACCCCGAUUAUACCUGAAAUUGCGAAACCAAAGCCAGGGCCAGAGCCAAAGCCAAAGCCAAAUCCAGAGCCAAAGCCAGAACCCGCCAAACAAGCGACUGCGGAACCUUCAAGGCCGACCAUCAAGCCCACAGCACUCAAACCCGCGCCAUUCUGGAGGGAACUCACAUUAAACCAUGAUCCGAACAGUCCAGCAUUCGAUAAGAACACCGAGCUGCAACCCACAGUGCCCUCGCUCAAGGCCAUAGUUGGCGAUCGGGUUGGGUAUAUGAAGCGGCAAAAAACACUAGAAAAGCUGCACGUAUUGUUUGCUAAAUUGACGGAUGUCGAGGAGAUAAAGGAGAAACCCUGGGUGCCUGCAAUGCUUGCUGUUGAGAAUGAACUACAGAUUUAUAAUACUAGUGUUGCUGGUACAUAUCAUAGCAAAUUGCUGCUGCUUUUGCGUGAGCUGAAGAGUCAGAUGCCAUGAGUUUUUUUAGUCUUUGUUUAGUAAAGUUAUUCCCGAGGAAAUUAAUUAAUGUUGAAGCUGAUAGCAAGUUUUUAUUAUUAAAAAAUCAGCAAACAAAAAUG